GCGUGCGCCUCAGGAGCCCCUCCAGGUCCGCACCCCCUGGCUGGUCCCAGGCGCGGCCGGGCCGGGGGAACUGCUCUCCCGGGACCGAAAGGAAGGUCUUUUCCAGGCACUGCUCCCGGUUGCUUUUCUACAAGAUGUGGGGGUUUUUGCAGCGCCCCGUAGUGGUGACCGCGGAUGUCAACUUGACCGUCGUGGCUCUGACUGCGGUGGGGCUGCUGAGCCGGCUGUGGCGCCUCACCUACCCCCGGGCCGUGGUUUUCGAUGAAGUGUAUUACGGGCAGUACCUCUCCUUCUACAUGAAGCGGGUCUUCUUUUUGGAUGCCAGCGGCCCGCCCUUUGGCCACAUGCUGCUGGCCUUGGGAGGUUAUUUGGGAGGAUUCGACGGCAACUUUCUGUGGAACAGAAUUGGAGCAGAAUACAGCAGCAACGUGCCCGUGUGGUCCCUGCGCCUGCUGCCGGCCCUCGCGGGCGCCCUGUCGGUGCCGAUGGCCUACCAGAUCCUGUGGGAGCUCCGGUUUUCUCACUGCGCCGCCAUGGGAGCCGCCCUGCUCAUGCUCAUCGAGAACGCGCUGGUCACGCAGGCCAGGCUCAUGCUCCUGGAAUCGCUGCUGAUCUUCUUCAACCUGCUGGCCGUGCUGUCCUACCUGAAGUUCUCCAACUGCCGGCACAGGCCCUUCUCCCCCGGCUGGUGGCUGUGGCUGACGCUGACCGGAGUGGCCUGCUCCUGCGCCGUCGGCAUCAAGUACAUGGGCGUUUUCACGUACUUGCUGGUGCUCGGAGUCGCCGCCGUCCACACCUGGCACCUGAUCGGAGACCGGGCUCUGUCACAUGUCUGUGUGCUGGGCCACGUGCUGGCCCGCACAGCGGCUCUGCUGGUCGUCCCGGCCGCGACGUACCUGCUGUUCUUCUACGUCCACUUGACGCUGCUCUGCCGCUCGGGGCCCCACGACCAGAUCAUGUCCAGCGCGUUCCAGGCCAGCCUGGAGGGGGGGCUGGCGCGGAUCACGCAAGGCCAGCCCCUGGAGGUGGCCUACGGCUCGCAGGUCACCCUGAAGAGCGCCUCGGGCAAGCCCGUGCCCUGCUGGCUCCACUCCCACCCGAGCACCUACCCGCUGAGCUACGAGGACGGCCGGGGCAGCUCCCACCAGCAGCAGGUGACCUGUUACCCCUUCAAAGAUGUCAACAACUGGUGGAUCGUCAAGGACCCCGGGAGGCACCAGCUGGAGGUGAGCAGCCCGCCGAGGCCCGUGCGGCACGGGGACGUGGUGCAGCUGGUGCACGGCAUGACCGGCCGCCGCCUCAACACGCACGACGUGGCAGCCCCCCUGAACCCCCACGCGCAGGAGGUGUCCUGCUACAUCGACUACAACAUCUCCAUGCCCGCCCAGAGCCUCUGGAGGCUGGACAUUGUGAACCGAGAGUCGGACGCCGCGAUCUGGAAGACCAUCCUAUCGGAGGUGCGCUUCGUGCACCUGAACACGUCCGCCGUCCUGAAGCUGAGCGGGGCCCACCUCCCCGACUGGGGCUUUCGGCAGCUGGAGGUGGUUGGGGAGAAGCUGUCGCGGGGCUCCCACGAGAGCGCCGUGUGGACCGUGGAGGAGCACCGCUACGGCAGGAGCCAGGAGCAGAAGGAGAGGGAGCUGGAGCUGCACUCACCGACUCACGCGGACGUCAGCAGGAACCUGAGCUUCAUGGCCAGAUUCUCGGAGCUGCAGUGGAGGAUGCUGACGGUGAGGAGCGACGACUCGGAGCAUAAGUACAGCUCCACGCCGCUGGACUGGGUCACCCUGGACACCAACAUCGCCUACUGGCUGCACCCCAGGACCAGUGCUCAGAUCCACCUGCUGGGGAACGUGGUGAUCUGGGCUUCCGCCGGCCUCGCCACCGCGCUGUACGCCCUGCUCUUCUGCUGGUACCUGCUCCGACGCCGGAGGCGUGUCUGUGAGCUCCCCGAGGAUUCCUGGCUGCGCUGGGUGCAGGCCGGGGCCCUGUGUGCCGGCGGCUGGGCGGUGAACUACCUCCCGUUCUUCCUGAUGGAGAAGACGCUCUUCCUCUACCACUACCUGCCCGCACUCACCUUCCAGAUCCUUCUGCUGCCCGUGGUUUUGCAGCACAUCAGCGAGCACCUGUGCAGGUCCCAGCUCCACAGGAGCCUGUUCGGCGCCCUGGUGGUGGCGUGGUACUCCGCCGCCUGCCACGUGUUUAACGUGCUGCGCCCACUGACCUACGGGGACAAGUCGCUGUCACCCAGCGACCUCCAGGCCCUUCGCUGGAGAGAGAGCUGGGACAUCCUGAUCCGCAAACACUAGCAGGACCGGCACGAGACAUCCGGGUCGGGACCGGGACACGCUCAGGGGGGCUGGCCAGGCCUGGCGGGCGCGCUCCUCUCGUUUCCUUCACCUGAAGCACUUCACUUUAUGCGGGCGAUAAAGAACACGCUGUGCCCACGAAUCCCGGAGCCCUACACGGGACGUGUGUGUCGAGUGGCUCGUGCGGGACUUGGCGACAGAGGAGAGAUGGCAGGGAGUGCGAGUGACGGGUGUUAGGGUCAGAUCAGACGGGCCGGGCUUGCUAACAGACACGCCUGAUCCUCCCUCCCGAACACCCACUGGCCCCGAGCUAGAGCCGUGAGGCCGGCCGGCCGGGGCCGCAGUCCCUGAGUGGAGACAGUAACCCUGUGUCAACCCUGUUGCUGACUAAAUCGCAAGGUUGACGAGGAGCAGGCAGUCAAGGUGUCAUCUGUUCCUUGUCCUGAACUCGCCUUUUGGUGUCAUUAAAAAGGGGACAUGCCCUUGCCACCUUGGUUCAGUGGACAGAGCGCCAGCUUGCGGACUGAAGGGUCCCAGGUUCAAGUCUGGCCAAGGGCACAUGCCUGGGUUGCGGGCUCGAUCCCCAGUAGGGGGCAUGUAGGAGGCUGCCAAUCAGUGAUUCUCAUCACAGAUGUUUCUCUCCCCUCCUCUCUGAAAUCAAUAAAUAUAUUUUU